CGACUCAAACCCUCCGCAUUUACAUCAGAGAAGGAGCCGAGAGCGGUGGCGCACAGAGACACGGACGGAGGAAAAACUUGUAUUAGAUCAGCCAGGACUUUUCUGUUUCUCGACAUUAUACCGUCCAUUCCUUUGACGUUUUGGAGACUGUCUUUUUUCCUCCACACUAACCGGAUUUCAUUUGAGACAGUGCUAAAGGAAAAACAAGAAGACGAAACCGGACAGAUCAGCGGGGAGGAGACGAGUCUGUACGCGGAGAAAAGAGAGAGUCUCCGGGCAUCCGCUGUGCGUCUUUGCGCGGUGGGGACCUAAGACCGAACUGAAGUGCGCUGUGGUUCUCCCUCGGCGUGAAAAAAGGGGGGCUAUUGGGGGGGAUAAGUGGACUUUCUUAUACGGGGCUCUGGAGAAGAUCAGAUGUCAUUCUGACAGAAUCACAGGAAGCCUAUCGGAUCGUACUCUCGGCUCCACGCAUGUUGGAAGUCAGGAGAGCAGGGCUGGAUGCCUGCGGGUUUGCGAGUCCUCAAGACGCAGCUGAGGAUUACCUCGUGCCUUAUCAUUUGACGGAGUAAGAGCGCACAAGAAGGAGUGGGACAGUUCUUCACAUAUCUUGGCUCCUUUCGAGAGGAUAUGGCACGAUCGGCGCUGGAGAGAGGAGCGCAAGCGGCACAGGCGAGAGGAAACAGGAGCUGAAUGACAGGAUGCCAGCGACCUGAGCCCGCUCUCAGAUCAGUUCGUUAAAAGAGACACCUCUGCUUUAUUUGAGUUAAGAAGAGGAGAGAAAAACACAUAACAAAAACCUUGUUGGAGGAGUUUAAUUUGGGCGAUUUUUUUUUGUAUGCGUAAUUUUAUUUUUUUGUUGUUGAGGAAAUAAGGAUGCAUUGUGGAUUAGCCUUUAUCCUGUUCAUGGGAAUCCUUUUGGUCGUCAAGGCUUUCAAAAACGAUAAAUGUGGAGGCAACAUCAGAAUCUCAACCGCCAACUACCUCACCUCGCCCGGAUACCCCAUGUCUUAUCCCCCUUCUCAGAGAUGUGUGUGGGUGAUAUCUGCGCCUGGUCCUCACCAGCGGAUCCUCAUCAACUUCAAUCCCCAUUUCGAUCUGGAGGACCGGGAGUGCAAGUAUGACUACGUGGAGGUGCGAGAUGGCGUGGAUGAGAGCGGUCAGCUUGUGGGGAAGUACUGUGGGAAGAUCGCCCCCUCUCCGGUCGUCUCCUCUGGAAACCAGCUCUUCAUUAAGUUUGUGUCGGACUACGAGACACAUGGAGCAGGUUUUUCCAUCCGAUAUGAGAUCUUUAAGACAGGUCCAGAAUGCUCCAGGAACUUCACCACCAACAGUGGCGUCAUAAAGUCGCCAGGUUUCCCUGAGAAAUACCCCAACAACCUGGACUGCACAUUCAUGAUCUUCGCCCCCAAGAUGUCUGAGAUCAUUUUGGAGUUUGAGAGCUUUGAGCUAGAGCCUGACCCGACGCCCCCUGCUGGUGUUUUCUGCCGCUAUGACAGACUAGAGAUAUGGGACGGCUUCCCCGGAGUCGGUCCAUACAUCGGAAGGUACUGUGGGCAAAACACCCCAGGCAGACUCAUCUCCUACACGGGCAUCCUGGCACUGACAAUCAACACUGACAGCGCCAUCGCGAAGGAAGGCUUUUCUGCCAACUUCACUGUCAUCGAAAGGACUGUUCCAGAGGACUUUGACUGUAGCGACCCAUUGGGAAUGGAAUCGGGAGAGAUAACAUCGGACCAAAUCAUGGCCUCAUCACAGUACAACCCCAGCUGGUCCCCAGAGCGCUCGAGACUCAACUACUAUGAAAAUGCAUGGACGCCGGCAGAGGACUCAAACAAGGAGUGGAUACAGGUGGACCUGGGGUUCUUGCGCUUCGUCUCAGCCAUAGGCACCCAGGGCGCCAUUUCCCAGGAGACGCGGAGGAUUUACUUUGUCAAGUCCUACAAAGUGGAUGUCAGCUCGAAUGGAGAGGACUGGAUCACUUUGAAGGAAGGUUCUAAACAAAAGGUUUUUCAAGGCAACACCAACCCUACAGACGUUGCCAAGACGAUGCUGCCCAAACCCACGCUAACACGCUUCGUCCGGAUCCGUCCCGUUACCUGGGAAACAGGCAUCGCGCUGCGCUUCGAGGUGUAUGGAUGUAAGAUAUCAGAGUAUCCAUGCUCAGGCAUGCUGGGAAUGGUUUCAGGUUUGAUCACUGACAACCAGAUCACUGCAUCCUCUCAUACGGACCGGAGCUGGGUACCAGAGAACGCCCGCCUGCUGACCAGCAGGACAGGGUGGACCCUACUGCCCCAACCCCAGCCUUUCACCAGCGAAUGGUUACAGGUGGAUCUUGGUGAGGAGAAGCUGAUGAAGGGGUUGAUCAUCCAGGGAGGGAAACACCGUGAAAACAAAGUUUUCAUGAAGAAAUUCCGCCUCGGCUACAGUAACAAUGGCUCUGACUGGAGGAUGGUGUUGGACAGCAGUGGGAACAAACCAAAGAUAUUUGAAGGAAACAGCAACUACGACACUCCUGAGCUGAGGAUGGUGGAGCCCCUGCUGACCCGUUUCAUCAGAAUUUACCCAGAGAGGGCCACUCUUGCUGGCAUGGGCCUUCGACUCGAGCUCCUUGGUUGCGAAAUUGAAGCUCCCACACUCCCGCCUACCACACUGGUCCCGAGCACUACUCCGUCGGACGAGUGUGACGACGACCAGGCGAGCUGCCACAGUGGCACAGGUGAUGACUACGAUGUGACAGGUGGUACCACGAUGCCAGACACCACUACUACUGAAGUGGAUACCAUUCCAGCUUUUCUGUGGUUUGCCUGUGACUUCGGCUGGGCCAAUAAUCCAUCCUUCUGCAGCUGGACAUCAGAGGACACUGGCUCUAGGUGGCAGAUCCAGUCCAGUGGCACCCCGACCCUCAACACUGGACCUAACAUGGACCACACAGGUGGUUCAGGGAAUUUCAUCUACACUUUAGCAACGGGACCCCAAGAGACUGAAGUGGCUCGACUUGUCAGCCCUGUGGUCAGUUCACCGGACUCAGACCUGUGUGUGUCCUUUUGGUACCACAUGUUUGGAUCCCACAUUGGCACACUGCAUAUUAAACAGCGCAAACAGACAGUUGAUGGACCAGCUGACAUCCUGCUGUGGACAGUCAGUGGUCACCAAGGCAAUCGUUGGAGGGAAGGUCGUGUCCUUGUGCCACGCACCAACAAACCCUACCAGGUGGUGAUCGAAAGUCUGGUGGAUGCAAAGAGCUGGGGAGACAUUGCUGUGGAUGACAUUAAGGUUCUCAAUGGACUCAGCAUGACGGAUUGUAAAGAUCCUGACAUACCAACUGAGCCAAUGCUACCAGAGGAUCGCCUCAAUGAAAUUCUUGAAGAGAUCACUGAAUAUCCAGACUUUGUGGAGACCAACCAGAUUAGCGGAGCAGGCAAUAUGCUGAAGACACUAGACCCUAUCCUCAUCACUAUCAUCGCAAUGUCCGCCCUGGGGGUCUUCUUGGGUGCUAUCUGCGGUGUGGUCUUGUAUUGCGCUUGCUCACACGGAGGCAUGUCAGACAGGAACUUAUCAGCUUUGGAGAACUACAACUUUGAACUAGUGGACGGUGUUAAGCUAAAGAAGGACAAACUCAAUGUACAGAGUUCAUACUCAGAGGCGUGAGAUGGGACUGAGUGCAUUGGUGUGACUUUAUGAUGUGCAGAGCUCACAGAGUAUGCACAAGACUGGCUGUAGGCAUAUCCUCUCGUAUAUCUGCGAGUAGGAAGGCUAAACGGACUGCCAACACCCUCAACUCGCUGAGGGACAGGUUCAGGAACCAAUGGGAGGUUUGGACUGAUCCACGCUUUUCUCAGGAGCUGCAGUAAAAAGAACCUACCAGUAGGGGACACUGUGUACAAAUACAAUACAGAAAAAAAAUAUGUACAGAUGAUUUAGAUGAUAUUUUAAUUUUCUAUUUUGAUUUUCAUUCAUUUUUACAAUCGGAUGCUGGUGUUGAGACCAAUUUAUUAAUAAUGUUUAAAGUAUUUAUCAUUUUCUGGGAAAGAAAAGUUUUUUUAUUAUCAGUUCAUGAAGGCUGUUGUUUAUUUUCAAGUUUUGAAAGUGACGUAUCAAAAUCGUAAAUGAACCAUAUCCGGCAAAACUGUAGAUUUGCCCCGUGGUGUGGCAUACAGGGUGUGCCCAUAACUCAUGAUCCUGAAACAUGAACCCUUUCCCCUUUUGACUGCUAUCACUCUAUGAGGGUCCCAUUCAUGGCAAUGUAUGGUUCUGACAGUGCCUUUAGUACAUUUUGGUUGGCCUCCUCUGUUGAUCUGGGUAUUUUUUAAUGUACAUGGCUUAAGUUAUGAUGACAGGAAACAGGGGCACAUUAUCUUCUAAAUAUCUGAAAAGAGGAAAACAAUCUAUCAUGGCGCUUUGUUUUGUUUCUUUGUUGUUUUCUGUCCGAAAACCCACACACUGUAAAUAAGUUUUAAUAUAUUUUAUUGCGCUUUUUAAAGAAAGUAAAAAAAGGAAAAAAGCUGCAGUAUCCCUUUUUUCAUGGGUUUGUGUGUGUGUAAAUACAAUCUUCUGACUGUU